UUUUCCUUUGCAGCAGGAGGGAGCAGCUGCAGCAGCAGGAACAGGAGGAGGACACGGCUGCCCUGGCCCUUUGCUCUGCGGCGCAGCCCGGCCGCUGCCCAGGCGCCAGGGCAGGCGGGCUGCGGCUGCAGCAGGGCGCUCUUUGGCCAGCCCCUGGCAGCCGUCUGCGGGGAGGAGGGCACGCUGCCCCGGCCCAUCCAGGAGCUGCUGGCUGUCCUGCAGCAGGAAGGGCCAUCGACGGAGGGGAUAUUCCGGCAAGCUGCCAGCGUGACAGCGCUUCGGGAGCUGCGGGAGGCCCUGGACCGCGGUGCAGAGGUGGAGCUGGGAAGGCAGCCGGCGCUGCUGCUGGCUAUCCUCUUGAAGGACUUCCUGCGAAGCAUCCCCUCCAAGCUCCUCGUCAACGACCUCUACGAGGACUGGAUGGCCGCCAUGCGGAGGACCAGCAAGGAGGAGAAGAUGGCAGAGCUGAAAGCGGUGGCCGAGAAGCUGCCCGCGGCCAACGUCCUCCUCCUGAAGCGGCUGCUCUCCCUCCUCCGGCGCAUCGCCCGCAGCGCGGGCACCAGCAGGAUGAGCUCCAGCAACCUGGCCAUCUGCAUGGGGCCAAGCCUGCUGAGCCCACCGCACGAGGACCUGCUCCCGCUGGAGGCCAUGCUGGAGGCGACCGAGAAGGUGAAGGUGCUGGUGGAGUUCCUGGUGGAGAACUGCAGGGAACUCUUUGGGGAGGAGACCGCUGAGCUUUGCUGUCCAGCAGCCGAGGAGUCGCCAGCCCCCAGGCAGAGCUCCCGAGGCCCGCGUUUGGCAGAGCAAAGCGUCCCUGCGGUCAGAGCAGAGCCCGAGCGUCAGGCAGACGCCUCGCCGCGCACGCCCGCCUCUCUAGAGCUCGGUGUCCUCCGAGAAGCCGGGGGAGAUACGGUGGUGGGGUCUGACGCGGGAGAGGCACUGGGCAUGUGCUCCAGCAAACCAAAUGCCCACAAAACACCGUCGGAAGGGCAGAGGGGAGCAGCCGCUGACUUCCGAGGGCUUUUGCCCAGGUCCUACUUCCUAUCAGAGCUUCAUCGAGUCUCUUUGGAGGGGGCGGGUGGGGGGGGGGGCGCUGUGCGGACCGUGGCGGAUGCAAAGCAGCCAAAGGGCUCUCCUCUGCAGAGCUGA